AUGGCGGCGACCAUGGGAAGCUCGGGUGUACAGCGUGCGUUGGAAAUGAUAAGAAAUCUGCCAAGGGUUGCACUUAAUAACAUCAAAGACAACCCUGGAGCUCGAACUAAGCAUAAACUACGAGGGCGUGGUCAGCAUGGAGGAAACUCAAGUGGGCGUGGCAAAAGAGGACAAGUCAUGAGGGGAACACUGCCUCGUAUUGGAUUUGAAGGGGGUCAGAUGCCAUUUUACUUAAGAAUACCUAAGUACCCCUACUACAAAAGUCAUCAUUUGAAGAGAGAAUACUUGCCAGUGUCCCUUUCUAAGCUUCAGUAUUUGAUUGAUGUGGGAAGAAUCAACCCAGACGAGCCAGUAGAUGUAACAACAUUUGUGAAUGCAGGAGAGCUUAAUGUUGAUAUUUACAAGAAACAAUAUGGCAUUCAUCUGACUGAGGAGGGGGCAGACACCUUCAAGGCACAGGUGAACAUUGAGGUUCAGUGGGCAACAGAGCUUACGCUGGCAGCCAUCGAGCGCAGAGGUGGAGUCAUCCAUCUGGGAUUUUAUGACCUUCAAAGCCUGGAUGCUCUGGCCCAUCCCCUUGCGUUCUUCAACAGAGGGAAGCCCAUUCCCAAACGGGCCCUACCCCCAAAGGAUGCUGUUCCAUUCUAUACCGAUUCCAGCAAUCGUGGAUACUUGGCUGACCCAGAUAAGAUUCGACUAGCAAAAGCAGCUUUAGCUGAGAAGUUCGGCUACAUUCUGCCUGAUUUAACAACAGAUCCGAAGAGAGAAAUGUUGAAGAUGAUGAAGGAUCCUAGACAAGUGUUUUUUGGCCUUCAACCUGGUUGGAUUGUUAAUCUGACAGACAAGACUAUUCUAAAGCCAACUGAUGAACAACUUAUCAAGUAUUUCAGGUCAUGAGACCUGUGUGGUUAUUUUAGGUAAUAUUGUGUGUAUCACCUUGUGGCAUAGCCAGGCAUUUGUUUUCUUGGGGGGGGGAGGUAAAGACACAAUUUGGGGGGAGGGGGUCUAUUUAGUAAAUCAAACCAUAUAUUUCCGCAUAUCUUUUCGUUAACCUAUUGAAACGCCCUCAGCCUUCUGGAUAAAAAGACAUUAAAACAGUCGCAGUUUCCAAUCAGGAAGUCAAAUAAAUAGAAGAAUAGAUUCAAUGUACCACACCACAACUGAUAUGAAAACCAUGUAAAACUGGAACUGCAGAAAUUAUCUAAAAAGUAAUCUUAACUUAAAAAGAAAACCAGAGCUCUAACAGUUAAGAUGUGAACGAGCUGAAGACUUGGCGAACUCUCUUAAUUAUGCUGACUCCAAUGCUUACCCCACCCUCGACUUCUUGCACUCUCUCCAAUCCUAAAUAGGAACAUGGCCAAAAACUGUUCACAUCUGGUCCCUUUUUUAAUUAUCAAGACUUUGUUUUUGUUUGUAUCCUAAAAUAAGCCAAUUUACCCCAAACUGUUGCCGUGGAAUUGCUCUUCGUUGAAUUGCCAAAUAUUUGAACGAAACAAAUAAACUAAAGAUUAAAUUUACAUAAAAUUCUUGAGUUAUUUUCUUCUUGUUUGCAACACAUGGACAAUUACGAUGCAAUUUAUUAUCAAUUGUUUUGGAAUUUUUUCGCCCCAAAAUGCGAGGCUUAUAAAUUUUUGCCUAAAAAUGCAAAAGGCUUGUGGUUACCAAAAAUUGAUAAUGCACAUGGCUAGCAUUUUUUGUAGUUUUUUAAGCAAAAAUGGAUACAAUGUACAUGACUAGCAAUUUCUGCGCACUUUUUAGACAACAAUUUAUACAAAUGCAAGAAAUGUUUAACCAAGACUAUAGCCUUAUACAUUUUUAAGCAAAAAUUUAUAAAAUUGCAAGACCAUUUUAAAGCAAAAAUUGA